UUUUCCACAAGCAUCUAGAAGCUACUACGGAAACUCGUAUUUAAAAAACCCAAAGGUGCUUGAUAGAAAUAAGAACAGACAGAAAGGGGGAGAGAUAUGGCGAAGCGUCUGAUACCGAGCUUGAAUAGAGUGCUGGUGGAGAAGAUCGUCCCUCCUUCAAAAACAACAGGCGGUAUUCUCCUCCCUGAGAAAACUCCUCAGUUGAAUUCGGGAAAAGUGGUAGCGGUGGGGCCCGGCGUCCGCGACAAGGAUGGGAAGCCCGUACCAGUAGCCUUCAAAGAAGGGGAUAACGUCCUCUUGCCUGAAUAUGGUGGGACCCAAGUCAAGAUCAACGACAAAGAGUACCAUUUGUUCAGGGAUGAUGACAUUUUGGGAACCCUUCUUGAUUAGAGAGAUAGAGAGGGUGUUCGGAGAUUUUUGGGGGUUUUACUUCUUUGAAGAGAGAUUUCUUGUGAGAUUUCAGAGAAAUGAAUAUUUCUCAAAUUGGAGAAUUUGUGACGGUUCCUAAUUUUAUUGGGAGUUUUCUAAUUAUGGGUUUUAGCAUCUUUAGGUUGCGUUUGGUUGCACCAAAUAUCAUGAGUUUUUGCACCAAUUUAGAAUGUUUAAGUAUGAAAUAUCUUCAUAAUUGGUGCAACCAAAUCCUUACUCCAUUUUAUUUGUAAUAGCUGUAUUCUCUCCUCUCUC